UGUCCAUCACACUAUCACACUCUGCACAUUGUCCAAACUCAAAAUUCCAUAGCCACUUCCCACACAGCUCUCUUUCUGUCUCUGUCGUCAUAUCUGUUUCUGCUCACAUUUCCACACAUGUUCUUCACUACUUAGCUCUCUCUCUCUCUCCCUCUUUUCUUAAACUCUAGACAUCACAGAUUCUUGAUAACUUUCCCUCUCCAGUGCUUCCAAGGAGAUUUCCAGCCAUAGUAGCUGGUACAAACACAAUGCUGUGCAAAGGGUCACUCCUCUUUUCUCUUCUAACUAUUUCCUUGCUUUUCUCUUCCUCUACCUUUGUCUGUUUUGGAGGAGGAGAAAAAGCAAAACAUCAGCACAUUUCCCACUUUCCCCUUUCAGGGGACUUUCAAGGGGAAAUUUAUAGUACUGAUGAAGUGAUUUUUGGGGAGAGAAGAAGGGUUCUUGAAGAAGAAGAGCCUCCACUGAACUCAUCACUCAUCCUGGCUGCUAAGAGGACAUAUAGGAAAGACCCUCUCGAUGAUUUCAAGAGAUACACAGGUGGAUGGAACAUUAGCAACCGCCAUUACUGGGGUUCUGUGGCUUUUACUGCAGUUCCGUUCUUCUUAGUCGCUCUCAUCUGGUUCGCGAUCUUUGGACUAUGCUUAUUGUUCAUUUGCUUUUGCUUCUGUUGCUGCCGAAGGGAACCUUAUGGAUAUUCUCGAAUAGCUUAUGCUCUUUCGCUUAUUCUCCUUGUAUUGUUCACCGUAGUUGCAAUAGUUGGAUGUGUUAUUCUAUACUUUGGGCAGGGAAAAUUUCACAGUAGUACGAUAAACACUUUGGACUAUGUAGUAAAGCAGGCAAAUAGCACUGCUGGAAGUCUUAGGGAUGUUUCGGGUUAUUUCUCAGCAGCCAAGCAGAUUGCGGUGGAUAAAGUCUUUCUCCCCGCUAAUGUCCAAAGUGAUAUUGAUGCCAUUCAAACUAAAAUCAAUUCUUCUGCUAGUGACCUUGCCAAGACAGCAGAUGACAAUAAAGAUGAUAUAAAAGACGUGAUAGAGUCCGUGAGAAUUGCGCUUAUUGUACUAUCGGCUGUUAUGCUUGCCUUGACAUUCCUUGGAUUUGUGUUGUCAAUCUUCGGACUGCAGUUUCUCGUUUACAUCUUGGUUAUUGUUGGAUGGUUUCUUGUAACAGCGACUUUCAUUUUAUGUGGCAUAUUUCUUCUUCUACACAACGUGACAGGAGACACUUGUGUAGCGAUGAACCAGUGGGUCCAAAACCCAACUGCUAAAACGGCUUUGGACGACAUACUGCCUUGUGUAGACAAUGCCACUGCACAAGAGACUUUGAAGAAAACCAAGGAAGUCACGUCCCAAUUAACUAUCGUUAUUAACCUCGUCAUAACCAAUGUGUCCAACAAUAAUUUUGCUCCUGUUUUUGUUCCGUUUUACUACAACCAAUCUGGUCCACUGGUGCCACAACUUUGCAAUCCAUAUAAUAGUGACCUGACUGAUCGAGCAUGCAGUCCCGGUGAAGUGGAUUUCAACAAUGCAACAGAGGUGUGGAGUAAGUAUGUGUGCCAAGUAUCUUCGAGUGGCUUGUGCGUUACACCCGGGCGACUGACUCCAGAUUUCUACAGCCAGAUGAUGGCCUCCGUAAACGUGAGCUAUGGUUUGUACAAUUAUGGGCACUUCCUGGUUGAUUUGGAAGAUUGCGAUUUUGUGAGAGACACAUUCACUGAAAUAUACACAACUCACUGUCCUGGUCUACGGCGCUACAGCCAAUGGGUGUACACCGGGCUGGUGGUUGUUGCAGUUUCAGUAAUGCUUUCGCUCACGUUUUGGGUGAUAUACGGAAGAGAAAGGCGACACCGUGUGUAUACAAAAGCACAUACGCCAAAACCUGCAGAAGAUGAGUUUGAUGGAGAUAAGUACAUUAGGGAAUAGUGAGCAGGGAUAAGUAUUUUAGCUACUCUUCUCUAGCAUCUUUAUCUUUGAGGCUUGAACCUUUAUUUGUGGAUUACUAACUAUAUAAGAAUCCUUUCAAAAAAAACUAUAUAAGAGUAGUUGUUUUCUUGAAACAUGAUUGCAACAGAUAGUGGGCAUAAGAAUGCAGAAA